AUGGAGGGCCGUAUUGCCAAAAAUGACUAUACAUUGGGCGGUCGUCACACAGGCAUCACUCUCCGAGCCGGCGAAACCAUAGAGUUUGGUAUCUAUGCGAUGCAUAUGAACGCCGACUACUAUCCAAACCCCGAACAGUUCAAUGUCGACCGUUUUCUACCGGAAAACCGUAACCAACUGACACCCUAUGCUUUCUUACCGUUUGGUUUGGGUCCGCGACAGUGUAUUGCCAAACGGUUUGCGCAAAUGCUCGUCAAACUAACACUCGCGACACUUGUAUUGAAAUACCGAUUCAAUACAUGUGAACAAACAGAUAUACCAACCAAAGUACAUAUAAGUAGUUUUUCAAAUGCACCCAAAUGUAUCAAUUUGAAAAUUCAAUCUUACAUUGAAAAUUACAUAUAUUAA